GUUCAUAACAGACAAAGCGCUGCUGAGCAAACCAAAAUUAAAAACCAGCAAACCUUCGGCCCGGAGAAACCUCGGGCGAAAAAAUCGACUCUGCGAAGGAAUUCUGGCAAUGGACGCCGAUGAGAAACUGACUUCUUUGAAGAAGGCAUACGCUGAUAUAAUAUUGAGUAUAUCAAAGGAGGCAGCGGCAAGGGUAAUGGCGUCAGAGAGGAAGUCAGCAAGAUACCAACAUGAGCUGAAGGUGGCAAAGGAGGAGGGCGUGCGGAUACUGCUGCGCCUCAAGCAAAUGAUGGAUUAUCAGGCUAGUGAAGCGGAGGUGGCAUCAUUGAAUCAACAGAAGAAGAUUGAAGAACUCGAAGCUCAGCUUCAUGAAGCUGAAGAUAUUGUAAAAGAUCUCCGAGAGGACUUGGAAAAUGCGCAGACUGAACUAGGAAGGUUGAAAAAGGAGAAACUGCAGCAUGCGAAUGAACCUGGUUAUGAUUGCUCAAGAGAAAGACAAUCCAGUGACUUCCUUCUUUGCAAAGAAUCCUCUGUCCCUGCUUAUGUGACAAUGCCAUGUCUGAGCCAGAGAAAUGAAUGCAGGAAGUGCCAUAGCGAGUUAGCUUGCUAUUGUAGUGCAUCUGUUGGGUGUCAAGAUUUGCCCUCUAUAAUAUUGAGAGGUAAGGAUCCUGGACAAUACAGAAACGGAUGUACCCAUAGAAUCCUUGCAUGCGAGAGGAAUCUUUUGGAUAGAGAUCUUUGUCUCUCAGAGGAAACUGAUGAAAUAAAGGACAACAACAAUGAUAGAGAUCAAGAAGCAGGCAAGGACUCACCUGUUUCAGGGGCUGAAAUUCUUUGUGAACUUGCCAACCUUGGCAGCUCUCAAUCUUUUCUUCAUAAAAGGAAGAGAGCUAAUAGAAGAAAGACUGUAUUUCCAUCAAGUGAUGAUUAUGGGCAUACUUAUGGGCGUUUUGACAGUGUAGGUCUUGGACCAUUCCCACAGAUAGCUGACUCACAAAAUGAACUAGUAGGUUUUCUAAAAUCUUCUGAGAAAGAAAGCAGUCUCGUGGAAAUUUUCUGUGACAAGACAGCUUGCAAGGAUGGAGUAGAUGGAAGAAUGGUAUCUUUGGGAGAGGAAACUGGAGUUCCAGAUUGCUUACGUAAACUGGAUGCUGACAAAGUUGAUUUGCCGUCAGCGGGCUUAGAAUCAAAUCAAUCUGAAUUGAAAAAUGGGAUUUCUGGACAACCUUCGAAGGAAAGAGUAAUCAAAUACACAUUUCAACGCAAGCGGAAGAGACAAGAAUUAAAUGGUGCUGAAGUGAAUCCGGCUGAGAUUGAGAACAAGACAGUGAAUGAGAAAAUUAUUGAUCAGAAGAUGGAGCAAGUCAAACCUAACUUGUCAAUUGAGUCUUCAAGAGAAAGUAGGCGAUUGGCACAGGUUGCUCGACAGCUCAUAUCUUUAUCGGAGAAGAAGUGGUGGCAUUAAAUGUGCAGUGGCUGACGGGAGGAAUUGUUUUAAUGUGCUGCUUCUGGUUAGGUGAGGCUUAAAAGAAGGUAUCAUCUAGAGAGAUAGGAAGAGAGAGAAAGGGAGUUGUGGAUGAUAGACCAACGUAGAGAAAGACUUGUGAAGGUUUUUAAUGAGUUGGAUAAACAGGGAGACCAUAAGUACCUUUUAAAUUAUUAUUAGUAUUAUUAUCAUGAUGUAGCAUAUGUUUAUGUGCUCUUCUUCUUCAGUCACUUUCUUUAUUAAGACAAUUAAUGAUUCGUUAUAGUAAUUAUGUGCACUUCUUUAGUA